AUGGUCAAACCCAAAAAGAGAAAACCGGAAAAUCCUUCACCAAAGCCAAGGAAAACAAGGAAAUCAACACAUUCCUCCAGUGCUCAAAAGCCUGUCCCACCACCAAAACCUCAAGACAGGCCAUCCAGUGGAGCUGAGAAGAGGAAGAAAGGGAAACUAGGAAGAGUUUAUGUGGCAGCCACUGUAGAAGAGGAGAUUGAAUCAGAUGAAGAAGUGAGAGAAGUUAAGAAGAGUGCUAUUGUUGCCAGGGUUGUCAAGAAGCAACCAUCCAGAGAAGGUCAUCCUAGCAAGAAGCCAAGAGUUGAACCUGAACAAACAAACACAACUCUUAAGAAAGUGAAGGAAGCAAUAAUAGAACAAGAUGAUAUUGAUGACAGUCAAGAGAUUGCAGACUCAGGUGAAGCUUCUUAUAAUCCUCUAGUCAUGAAUAUUGAAUCAAAGAAGAAAGAUGAGGAGGUUGGUAAUGAGAAGGGAGACGAUAUAGAGAAGGAAGAGAAGGAUAAGGAUGAAGGAAAGGAUGGACAGGCUCCAGUGGCAAGAGACACAUGUGGAAUCUAA